GCAGGGGCGGGCCUCCGGGCCGCGCCGCCAGUGCGCAUGGGCGGACGCCCGCCGCUCUAACUGACCUCCUCAGUUUCUGCUGUUGUGGGAAACGUAGCGAAAGCCGUUAGCUGAGCAUCAGCAGUCGUCGACAUGUUUGAUGAGAAAGACUCUCUGAAGGAGGGCGUGGAGAAAAAAGAGGAGCCGGUGGUGAGCAUCACUGGUAGCGCGUACUCUGUGAAGCAGGCCGAGGAGGACGGAGAACCGAUGAAGGUGGAAGCGGUGGGGCCUGAUUGCUGCUCUGACGACCUCGGCUGUGGGGAUGCCGCCAUAAAACCAAACCUCCUAGGGCUCGAGGCUGACGAGGAGAAAUGCCGGAAUAUCCGCAAGCAGUACCGGCAGCUCAUCUAUAACGUGCAGCAGAAUCGUGAUGACAUAGUGAACAGAGCGAGCAACUCAUUAACCGAGGCUCUUGAGGAAGCCAAUGUCCUGUUUGAUGGAGUGAGCCGAACAAGGGAAGCAGCCCUCGAUGCCCAGUUUCUUGUUUUGGCUUCUGAUUUGGGUAAAGAAAAAGCAAAGCAGCUAAACUCUAAUACGAGCUUUUUUAAUCAAGUAGCAUUUUGUGACUUUCUGUUUAUAUUUGUGGGUCUAAACUGGAUGGAAGAGGAUGAACAUGAUGAGUUGAGUGGCUGUGAUGAUAAUGUAGCUCUUUCCUUCUGGGAGACAGUACAAAAGGAAGCAACAUCCUGGAUAGUGCGAGCUGAAACAUUCCACUUUAUUUUUGGUUCGUUCACGUCAGAGCCUUCUGCACCAAAGCCCCGGCUUGACCACCAGAAAAAAGUUCACAAAAUGGAAGAAAACGGGGAUAUGCCUACAAAGCUGAGGAAGUUGGACCUGAAUGGUAAUCAAGAAGCGACAGAAAAAGAAGUGGAAAGAAUCUUGGGAUUGUUGCAAAUGUACUUUCGAAAGUAUCCUGAUACUCCUGUGUCCUAUUUUGAAUUUGUGGUUGAUCCAAACUCUUUUUCUCGUACUGUGGAGAAUAUAUUUUAUGUUUCUUUCAUUAUAAGGGAUGGUUUUGCAAGAAUAAGGCUUGACCAAGACAGGCUGCCAAUAUUAGAGCCAAUUAAUAUUAACCAAAUGGGUGAGGGAAAUGAUCCCAGUUCCCAUGGCAGGAAACAAGGAGUUAUAUCUUUGAGUUUACAGGACUGGAAAAAUAUUGUGGCAACUUUUGAAAUUUCAGAGGCUAUGAUCACAAACUCAUACUAAAGAUUUUUGUUCUUAGUAUAGGAUGCGUUUUCUGGCUUUUCUAAUGUAUCUCAAAAUGAAGAGUAAAAUCUGAACAGAAGCACAUAUUGUAUCUCUUGGAAAGUGAAAAAGUAUUUUCAAGAACAUCAGAAAUU